CACCACUCCCUCGCAACAGCACUCACUCUCGCCAUGUCGAAACUCAGCGAAUCCACAUCGCACGGCGCGCCAGUCCAGAUCACCCUCAAGUCGGCGACCGGCUCACACCCCGUCAUCGCGUGCUUCCCGGGCUCCUUUGCGCCCGGCGCGCGCAACGAAAAGCACGACCCAAGGCCGUGGUACCGCUGCCGCGAGUACCUUCUCGGAGGGUGGGGACAGCAUGAAGUGUGGCGCUCUGCUGUCGUCGAAGGCAUGGCGUCCCUCAUGCUCGUCUUUGUUGCCGGCCAGAUCGCGGGCACGCUCAGCGCCUACCAGACAAAGUUUAUCGGCGUGUACAUUGGCGUGUCCAACAUUUUCCUCAUCAGCCUGUUCAUCUUUGCGACGGCGCCAGCGUCGGGCGGGCACAUCAACCCGGUCAUCACGUUCUCCACCAUCCUGUGUGGCAUCUGCCCCGUGUCGCGAGGCGUCCUGUACAUGAUUUUCCAGAUAGCUGGCGCCGCGCUCGCCGGCGGUGUCCUGCGCGGUGUGUGGGGACUGGAGCUGGCAAGGACGUACCACGGCGGCGGGGGCUGCUUCUUCGACAACCACACAACGACUGCUGGACGCGUCUACCUCAACGAGGUCAUGUCCACUUUCUCCCUCCUGUUCCUCUCGUACGGCGUCGGCCUUGACCCUCGACAGGCCGUCCUCUCCGGCCCCAAGUUUGGCCCCUUCCUCGUCGGCGCGUCACUUGGCCUCGUGUCGUUUGCAAGCUCCGGCAUGAUCCCCGGCUAUGGUGGCGCACAGAUGAACCCUGGCCGUUGCUUCGCGUACGCGAUUGCGCAGGGCGACUUUUCGUACCACUGGAUCUGGUGGUUCGGCCCGGCUGUCGGCGGCAUCAUCCAGGCCAUCAUGUACAACUCUGUCCCGCCGUUUCACGCACACGAGUCAAGUGCGCCGGUUGAGACGUCCCCACCUACCGAGACGGAGCGGAGCGGUUCAGUCUAACCGCUGACUCAUGACUUCCGGUUGGGGCGACAACUGUACGCAAUAGUGACGAUAUCGGGAGACCGCACAAGCAUUUACAACAGUAUCCUUUUGGAAUGUAUAAUACGUUGCAUGCCG